AUGCUCAUCGCGAAAGGAGCCAAAGCUGAUUCUAUAGACGCUCUUAAGCGGACACCUCUUCAUAUGGCUGCUGAGAAUGGUCAAACAAAAGUUGUUGGAAUGCUCACAAAGAAAGGAGUCAAAGUUGAUGCUACAGACGCUCUUCAACGGACACCUCUUCAUUAUGCUGCUGAGAAAGGUCACAAGGAUAUCAUUGAUAUGCUCAUCACGAACGGAGCCAAUUUUAAUUGUACAGAUCACAAGAAUCAGACACCUCUUCAUAUAGCUGCUGACAAUGGUAAUUUCGUUAACGGUCAAAAAAGUCACUAUUUGUGGUCACCGUUAAUCUGUUAA